AUGGAAGACAAGGACCUUGUAGCGGCGCGCGAGUAUCCUGGAUGCUUCACCGAUAAUGAGGUUCGCCAGUACCUUGGACAGCCUUCCCGGGAUGCCCCAAAUCAUGAAGAUCAACUGCAGUGCGAAGGGCGAGAAGUGACUCCCGAGAACCACUGGCUCAGAGACUGCCUGUGCGCUCCCUUUCAUGUGCGGUGUGCAGGUCCGGGGAGAGCAUGUAGCCAUGAAAGGAAGGACGGAUCAACCGUUAUGAACGAAGCGCCCACAAACCAGAUAACCGGAGUGGACACAUUUUUGGAUUCUCCUGUUCAUAUCCAAACGACACUCGACGAGCUCCGCGCAGCGUCCGAGUCGGCAUGUUGGUUCUGCGCGGUCCUCUAUGCCAGCAUCUCAUCCAUGCCAUCCUGGGAUCCCACCGUGCCGCUGGGGAGUAAAAGAGGGUUACAUAUCAGUCGCGACAAGGAUGGGCUAUAUCUGAGGUGGACUAAUGUCGAUGGAGCUUGUCUAACAGAGCCACCGGUGAUACUCUUCAUCGACGGCAAUAUAGCGUCCUUCUCCCCCUGCCAAGCGCUUCGGGCCAAGAAGCGAAAGGUCUAUGCCGAACCCCGAACACAGCUAGCUUUUGCGUCUAGAGCUUUGAAAAUUUGUAUCGACACGAACGCAUGCGCACCUAGGUUGGCCUCAUUCAUGCCUACAAGGCUCGUCCACGUGCAGGUUGUCGGUGGUAAAUAUUCCGUUCACCUCGUUACAGGGACCUCUCGUCAGCCCUAUGUCACACUCAGUCACUGCUGGGGCCUCGAGUUCCCGUCCUACGCCAAGACCACGACAUUAAACAUCGAUUCUCGACUAUCACCUUCUGGGAUUCCCUGGGCGGAGCUUCCGCAGACCUUCCGCGACGCUGUUGCCGUGACGGAGCGGCUUGGGUUCGAAUACAUCUGGAUUGACGCACUGUGCAUUCUUCAGGACUCGUCUGCGGAUUGGCAGGCCGAGUCCAGCAUGAUGCACCAAGUCUACUCGCACUGCGACUUGAUGCUUAGUGCGGACGCAUCCCCCGACACCAACGUGGGCCUAUUCCGAUCGUGCAAUAUGGCGAGGCCCCGGUCUGUAGCCAUAUCGCCAUCGCCUGUCCUUUGGCAAGGCUGCUCCGUCAAGGCGUCUUACGAUCUUACACAUUAUACCCACACCCUAAAGACCAUAUUGAACCUUCGUUUGGACCGAACCCGCAUCUUCCCUCUAUCAACAAGAGCAUGGUGCUACCAGGAAGAGCAACUUGCCCGACGGAUCGUGCAUUUUUCCGUUGAUGAAGUCUCCUACGACUGUCUUGGUGGUGUCGAGUGUCAAUGUGGCUUCCGCGGGCCUGAGGUUGAAAGCUAUGAUGAUAACAUCUUCCUCAAAACCCUGCCAUAUGUGACUUGUACAGAGGGAGAAAAGCACGAUUUCUGGCGAAAUAUAGUUCAAGGGUACAGUGGGCGCCGACUGUCGUUCUGGUCCGACCGGCUCCCUGCUCUCUCAGCUCUAGCACGACAAUUCCAAGUCUCGAACAGGAUCGGGCCUGUUCGACCGUCGAUUAACAAAGACGAGGAGCGGAUGUUUAACGAGAUGGACAUGGGAACUUACCUUGCAGGGUUCUGGUCCAACUUCCUCCGGGCUGAUCUCUUUUGGUAUGCCUGCAGUACAGAUGGCGGUCGCAUAUCGACUACAUCGAACUACGUUGCACCAACCUGGUCAUGGGCAAGUGUCUCUAACAAAGUUCGCUUCGGUGAGCAAGGUAUUUUUCUUGCCAAGAUCCUCAGCGUCCAUUGCUCUCUAGCGGGAUCUGAUGAGCUAGGAAUGAUCACCUCGGCGGAACUGGUCCUCAGAGCCAAGACUAUCCCAGUCCGCCUGACCCAGGAGUUUUUCUUCAACGGCAAAUGCUGGACCAUCACCUUGGAGGGUCAGGACCUAGCAAGUGGCAAGUACACAUGGCUUGGCGCUUACCGGCCCGAUUACGUCCAACCCACGCCGAAAGCCGAUUUCUGGUGUGGAAUUAUUCCCAGGGUGGAGUGGCCUGACCGUCCGCCUGGAAAGUUGAUUCCUGUCAACGACGCAGAGUAUCUUGCCCUGCUGGUGGGAAGCCGAGCUAUUAUCAUUGUCAGAGUUGUGGAAGCUAGAGAGCCCCUUGUUUGCGAGCGCGUGGGGACUGUGCAUUGCAACUCGGAGCCUCGAAGCAACGGCUUCACUCGGUGGUUUAAUGGCGCCAAGCAACGGGUUUUGAAGAUCAUCUAA